AUUGGUAUACUCGCUAAGCAGGAUUGUGACUCUCCCUGGCCGCGUUGCCUAGAUACUCGAACUCUUUUGACUUGAUCUUCACCACCUUGCUUGUUCCCACCUUGCCACCUUUCUCGGCCCUCCAAUUUGUAAACGCAGCAUCUAAAGUCACACGUUUUUAGAGUAACCUUGCGCGUCUCAGUAUGGCGAGCCCAGAUGUGGAAGUCAGCCCCAGCGACUUGCGCUUCCGCUUUCAGCUGAACAAGCAGCUCCUAGCUACUAUCACUAUUAACAACCCAAGUGGUCAGCGUGUAGCCUUUAAGAUCAAGACCACCGCGCCAAAGAAGUAUGUUGUGCGUCCAAGCUCGGGAGUGGUGGAGCCCCGCUCCAACGUGAGCAUCCAAGUCGUCAUGCAGGCGCAAAAGGAGUAUGCCCCAGAGAACGCGAACUGCAAGGACAAGUUCAUGGUUCAGACGACGCCCCUCGGCGACACGGAGCAAAUUGAUAAGGACACCUUCAGCAAGGAGCUGCGCAAGGACCUGAAGGAAUACCGACUGAAGGUCACCAUUGAAGGGCCGGCAGCACCGCCCUCGCCGGUCCCGGAGGCCAACGAGGCGGACGACGAGUCCGCUGGCGCCAUCCGCAACGCCGGCCCCCCCGCUGCACCCAUCCAGAUCAGCACGGUAUCCGCUCCCCCACCUCCGCCGGCGCCCGCUGCUGCUCCCGCUCCCGUGUCUGUGCCCGUCCCUGAGGCCCCGGCCGUUGACCCUCGCCUUCGCGCCGCCCUGGAUAACCUCACUGCGUCAACCUCGGAGAACCAGCAGCUCAAAAGCCAGGUGGACCGGCUGCAACGCGAGCGUGAUGAGCUGCGGAGGCAGUUGGACGUCUUCCAGCUACAGCAGGGCGCCCGGACGGCUGCUCCCGCAGCCCAGCCGGCUGCGGCUGCAAUUGCCAAGCCGCAACUCACAAUGGCGUAUGUCCUGCUGGUGGCUGUCAUUGCCUUCCUGCUCGGAAACUUCAUGCGCUUCUAGGAGAGCAAAGGCGACGGUAUGGGAUGCAAGAGAGGGAAGCGCGGCUUGGUAGGUUGCAGGUGCUAUGGGCACUGGCAGCUGCUGUAUGGGUAUUGCAUGGUUGAGCCGACGUGGGAUUGUCCCAUCAUGUUUUGCUGGCUAAGCUGGAGUCUGCUACAAGCCAUCUGCUGCAGAACUCCCCUUAUCGUUUCAUCAGGAAAUGAAAUCUCAGUACGGGCGGUUGGGACUCGUAACUCAUCCAUGGAUGAAGCAGGGAGGUGGUGUGGUUAGGGGGAUAGGCACGGUUGUGCGGGGCACGCUUUUGGGAUUCGCAGCGCUAGGCCAAGCCGUCGCAACGAGGGCUUCUUCUUCAACGAGGGCACAUAUGUGUGGGCAGUUUGGCUGCCUCCCUGUCGGAGGAGCGCGAGUCAGACAUCUAGGACGAAGGGAACGUCCAUGAGCACGUGCAAGGCAAUCUAGGACUGGUUACACAAACGGGCACGUAGGGAUUGGAAGGUGGGUCGCAAUGUGUGCGGGAUUGGAAGGUGGGUCGCAAUGUGUGUAAAGAUGGGGGGUUCUCACUAGGGGCGGCGGUACGUUGCUUACUUGACAUCUGUAGCCGUGGUUGUGACUUCAUAUAAAAGGACCAUGUUAGAUGUGCCAUGCCUUGUCGCUCUUGGCAGCAGUUUGGGCUGCGCAUGUCGUCCCUGGCUACGUGAGCUGUGUUUCAUGACCAAGGCCUUGGUCUGAUGGCUGCAUAGCGUGUGAGUUCAUUGCUAGGCUGUUCUUCCGUUACUUGCCCUCUCCAUUGGCGACUUGACCUCCUCCAGUUCGGGGGCUAGUUGGGGCUUAGGUCACAUUCCUAGAAUCCGGCCAUUUGCAGCGCGGUUACAUUUCAUGGCGGCCGUGCUGGUGGUAAACUUUAGGCGCAUCGCUAGGCUGGGGUGCGUGCGGCGUUUCGCCUGCCUGGUCUUUGGAAGGUUUGUGGCGCCCUGUUGGUGUGGCCUGGAGCCCAGGAGCAUCGUAGCUUGGUUGUAUGUUAUAACCCUGCACCACGCAGAGGCUGGUCGCUGCAUUUCAUAAAUGUCGAGCGGGUUGAGUUGCUUGACACUGGUCUGCUGUGCAACGGUAUGUAAACCUAAGCACGUUAA